AUGCUUUCUUGGAUUACCGGCUCCAAGGGCGAUGAAGAGAUCGAAGAUCCCUUCCCCGAAGCACCAGAGACUCCAGCCCAUGUCUUUGCAGCACGCGCAUUCAAGCAUGCCAUUUUUGGCACUCCUGCUCCGCCCAACGAAACCAACUAUGCACACGACUUUGUAACCAGAGAAGCUGUCGAGAUCGAUUUCAAGCCACGCACUGCGACACUGGAUCUUCCCACCCGCUCGAAAGACAACAUGGCUCCCGUCGCGUUGCCUUCUGCACCUGUGCUAUCGCCCACCAAGCCGAAUGGUAUCCUCAUGACUCCGGGAACGACCAGACGAAAUAAGACCGUAUCUUUCGGAGCUCAAGUUGUCGAUAAGGACACUACGAACCGGGGCAGAGUCGCUUCUCUUGGAGAUGGUCUGGCCCAAUCUGCCUCAACUACAAACAGAGCACCGACCAAGCUCACAGCCCAAUUGCAACAAGUUCGCAACUCGGCGCAAAAGGCCAAGACAAAUCAGAUGCAGCGAGCCAAAGACGACACUGAUUUGACCAUGGAUUACCUAGAGCCACGAUCACAGUCUGGAAAAUACUGGAAGAGAGAGUACGAGUCGUACGCCGAGAACACUCAGCGCGAGAUGAAGAAACUAGUCCUCAAACAGAAGGCUGCAAAGGACUAUGCAAAGGAAAAGGAGCAAGAGGUCGCCGACUUGCAAACCCAGCUACGCCAGGAAAGACAAAGGGUCGAGAAGCUCGAAGCCAAGACCAAAGAGCUGGCUGUGCAGGUCAAGGAGUUUGAGAGAAAGAUGCUGGGCCAGACAAGUCAGGAUGCACAGAAAGAGAUGGCCAAGUUCAAAGCCGAGAACGAACACCUCCGCCACGACCUUGACCAAGUGCUGGGAAAGAAAAGUGGCAUCGCAAACAGCCCCAAACGCAAGACGCCAAAGGCAGCUCCACCAGGUGAUCUUUGGGCAAACGCUGCAUUCUCGAGUCCUUUCGUAGACGAUGCUGCCGACAGAGAUCAAUCGCCUUUGCGAGCACGAGACAUGAACAUCCAAGGUCAAACACCCAGAGACGAAAAGCCCAAGGCAGUCAAGAGUGUCCAUGCGAAACGGUUCAGCGAAGACACCGUGGACAUGUCACUACCUCUUCCAUCUCCUGAACCAGGUUCUCGCACUACGCCUCGUAGCAGCAGGAAAUCUACAGCAGACAUGACGAUAGACGAGCUGGUCGAGAAGUAUUCGCCAGAGAAACCGCAGUUUGAUCGUCUUGCUCUGCCUCUAGGCGUCGGCGCGUUGAACUUUGGUUCAAGCAAGCCUGAGAUGAAGCCUGUAGCCGAUCUACCGAAGACUGGAGCCAGAAUUGCCAGUCUGAGUGACGAGAGGUUGGCAAAGGCAAAGGCACGCAUCGAGGCUAGAAAGCUGUCUAAGCUUGCAGCAUGA